AUGCAGCGUCAACUCUGGCUCUUUGCGCCGCCGCACCCGCCCAGCUCUGCCCGUAUUCGGCUCUUGACGUACCCCAUGGCGUUUGCGCAGCCACAGGCCACGGUGCCUCUUCUGCACACUGGUGCAGGCAAGACAGAUGGUGAGAAGGGCGCAGCAUCAGCGUCGACGAGCCUUCACGUGCGGAUGCGGGACACGACGAGGGAGUUUCACUCUCCUCAUGCGGAUGGAAGCGGUGUUGUUAACCCGCGUCGUUGGGUGCGUGACCCGGACGAGCUUUGUGUGGCGUCUAUGCGUCGAAGCAAAAACAUGAAUAAGAUUAACACGUACGUGGCAACGUACAAGUUUGACGACCCGCAGUGGGCCCCGUUGCUUCUGCCGCAGGUAACGUUUCGCCCACGACAACACCGGGCGCAGGAACAACAACACAGGACGCAUGCGGGGGUUGAGGCUACUGACGCUGCCGCUUUCGCACCACCCAAUGCGCCACCGCCGUCGUCCGAAGGCCCAUCCGCGUCGUUGCACGGCAACAGUGACGGAGGCUGCCGUGUCACAAUCGACCACAACAAACUGCUUACACUGGAGUGUAUGUCGCGGCAUGUCAACUUUUCCCUGCGGCACAUUGUACAAAAGGGUCAUGGUGUUUACCUCCUGCAUCAUGCCCAGCACAGCCUGCUUCGGCCGAAGGGAAUUGUUGAACAGUCCUUUGUGUCGUGUGCGUUUGGUAUCCGCGGCGAGCGGCUGCGCACGGAUAUUGUGCACGUUGGCCCGCUUGAUGCCAUGGACGUACUCGACCUAGAGGAGGGUCCACAUGGGCAUAUACGGGGCGUCUUUAACUUUCAGAAACCAGAUAUCCCACGUGGUGUGAUCGCCGUCUCACAGGUGGAGGGCUACGGCACAUGGUUUCAGCGGAAACCGAUGCUUUGGCAGCGUUCACGCCGCAUCGGGGCCCUGCAAAGUCAACUCGGGGCUUUCACGUAUGACCUCGUCCCACCACAGGAAGUGGGCAAGCAGCGUGAGUGCGAAGUCUCUCUGCUGGCGUCACACAUGCGUUUCUUUGGCAAUGGCACGAGUGGUUCGGAGGCCGUAGGCAUCAUUGCCUCCUCGCAGGUGGCGCAGCAGGAUCGACUUUACUUGGGUCAGUUUGAGGCCCCUGCCAUGACGGCGCUUGAUGCGGUGCAUCAGCUGGCGCAUGCCUCCGCCCUGCGCUGCCGUCUCGUGAGGCCGCUGCGAAGUCACACAGAAGGGGCUGCCAGCGAGCGUCCUGGCACCGAAGAAGAAGAGGAGGAUGAUGAGGAACUUGAGAAGUUAGUGCCCCUGAGUUGGGCCACGCGCACACCGCCGCCGUAUGUCCCGCUUGAAGCGGACCUGCCGUUUAAGCUGCAGAUGUCGAAGCCAGCCGUGUUUGGCGGCGAGGAACAGCUGGAACAGCAGCACGGUGUGUACCCGACAGGCGGGACCGUUGGCUCUCCAUUCGUCCGCGGGGCCCCGAUCAUGCUGUUUGAGUACAACCUGCACCAGGGUGUGGACCACUACGUCUUCGACGACGCCCCGAGUGCGCGGCCAAUGAAGUGGUGGUCGCAGAAGAGUAACCUGCCGUACAGCGGGUACAUGUAUUUUGCGCGCAGCGGGGUGAUUGAUCAGCUGUCUCCCUCGGAGGAUAUUACUAACCCGCUCGAACCGGCAGCGCAACGCAAACCCCUUCACACGCUUGUCCCACCAACGAAGAAGGUGCAGCACCGCCUGAGGCAGUACAAGCAACGACUUCGGGAGGAGACGCAGCGGGAAAAGGCGACACGAGCAGCACCCGCACGCUCGGCCGCCGCUGCCGCUGCCAAGGACGACGGCGCAGGCGGCGGGGACGGGGGGUGA